CCAGUCUGCCAGUGACUGUUCCGUGUGUGUGUCCGUGAGCUGAGAGCCUCCCUGCUGUGGGGGAGCAGCUGGAGGAUCCGAUACAGACACAGGGUUGAAACAGUAUGGCAUCUUCUGCUGUUGAUGGUCCAAUUGGAAUUCCCUUCCCGGACCAUAGUAGUGAUGUUUUGUGUGCUCUCAAUGGGCAGCGUCAGCGAGGAGAAUUAUGUGAUGUACUUCUUCUUUGCCAAGGUCGGGAUUUUCCUGCGCAUCGUUCAGUCCUUGCAGCCUGCAGUCUCUACUUUCGCCAGCUAUUUACCUCAGGUCCAGCAGCUGAAAGACUAACUGUUUAUCAACUAGACUUUGUAACUGCUGAAUCGCUCUCUGCUCUUCUUGACUUUGCUUAUACAGCCACCUUAACAUUGAGUGCGGGGAAUGUGGGUGAGAUUCUGGAUGCUUCGCGAUUGUUGGACAUUAGCACAGUUCGGAAUGUGUGUGCUGAUCUUUUAGAUGGCCCUUUUUUUGGAGGGAAGGAAUCUGAACAUUUAAGUGACCCACAAAACUUGGCACGAGCACAAGAAUAUCUGGAGUACUUUCAGAGCAAGGGACAGGAAGGGAGUUCUUGGAACAGCACUUGUCCGUUGGGGCAGGAAACAGAGCUGUCUUCUAAAUUGGAAGAGGCAUAUCACCAAACAUUACAGAAGAAUGGGUCAGAAGGGCAGCUUUUGGAUGAAUGGCAAGGGAAGGAUGAGGACCAAAUGUAUGUCCCUUCACAGAAUGGACAUUACAGACUAAUGGCUGAUGAUAAGAAUGGUGAUGAGGGGCCUGAACCACCUGAGGCAGAAGGUUCACCACUUCUUGGAGGUCUAGCUGGAGGGUCAUGUUUAGAUGAAAUUGACAGUCUGACAGCAAGUGCCCUGUUGCAGCACAUGAUGAGCACAUCUCAGAGGGAGGGCGUGGGCCCAGAAGAUGAGAGUGAAGAUGGAAUUAUGGACUAUUACUUGAAAUACUUCCGUAGUGGUCCUCAUGAGGAGGAGGAGGAGGAGGAAGAAGGUGAAGAAGGUGAAGAAGGGACAGGUGGCUAUGCAGGUUGGAGUCAAAAAGUAGAGAAAAAAAUGAGGGCUAAAGCCUUUCAAAAAUGUCCCAUCUGUGAGAAGGUUAUUCAGGGAGCAGGAAAGCUGCCUCGGCACAUACGCACUCACACUGGAGAAAAACCGUAUGAGUGCAUUAUCUGCAAGAUCCGAUUCACCAGGCAGGACAAGCUAAAGGUCCACAUGCGGAAACACACAGGAGAGAAGCCAUACCUGUGCCAGCAGUGCGGUGCAGCUUUUGCUCAUAACUACGACCUGAAAAAUCACACUCGUGUACACACUGGGCUGCGUCCUUACCAAUGCCAGGCAUGCCACAAAACCUUUGUGCGUUCAGACCAUCUCCAUAGACACCUAAAGAAGGAUGGCUGCAAUGGGAUCCCCUCUCGCAGAGGGCGUAAACCCCGGAUUCGAGAAGGGAUUGCUCCACUUCCAGGGAAUGGCAACGGUCUGGGUGAAAUUCAGGCCGAGUGUCCCAGUUUGGGAGCUGGAAGCACUUCCUAAGGAAAACCAAAAACAAACUAGAAAAUUCUCUAAAUCAAUAUAUAUAUAUAUAUAUAAAAAUAUAUAAUUAUAUCAAAGUAUAUUUGGGGUUGCCUAAUUAUCACUAUCCUCAUGGGAGGGUUGGGACUUGGUGUAUAUACUCAGCACAGGGGACCAGAGAGGGGAACUGUGUUCUCCUGGGAUUAUGGGAGGCAGAAUGCUUGGAAUGAAUGACUGAAGGGUAAUAAAAAAAAAAGCAAAAAGACUUGAGAUGUAUCUGGGCAGGUUGCACUAUUUAUAUACCUGCUAUUAACAGCAGCUACACUGAAGUUCUGCUUAAACUGCUUUAUAAUUUGAUAUGGCAACACAACUCUUGCUAUAGGUAAGAAAAAUUACACUUCUUGAGUUGUUGAAGAGUGUUCAUAGUGGUAACUAAAGGAGAUAAACUUCUCAUUAUAUACCAGUUUAAUGAAAUCAGCAUCUACGAUUUUCUUUUUAGGUCUUUUGUCUGUGCAGCGAUAUAGCAUGCUAUAAAUGUACAGUAUGUAUUACAGGACAAUUGGCUUCCGAUAGUAUGCUAUAAGAAAAUGUAGACAUGUACAACGCAACAGCUACUUCCAACUCACUAGAAUAUGUGGUAAAGGAUUGGUUAACCAACACUCAGUUGCCAAAAGGAAUAUAUGCCUUUAACCCCCAAAGUGACAGUGUUACCUAUGGUAGCUUUAAUGUUUAGUCUCGAUAAAGGCCACAAUUUGACAAUCAACCUGAAACAAUGACAGUUUUUUUUUUUUUUGUUGUUGUUUAAUAGGACACCAUACAGAGGAACUGGCCAGACAUAUGCUACCUUGCCUUGGCCCCUGUAUUUAGAUACAGGGAUAGGGUGACAAACUGAGUCUUUGCCCCAGGUGAAAUGGUGGCUUAGCUACGGCGUUUUGGGACAGAAUUUGAGCAUAAUAAACAGCUCUGGAUUUUGCCACAAAUCUGCAGCAAAAUACAUAUGUGCUUAAAUGGAACAUGUCAUCAUGAAAAUGCUGCAGGAAACAAGUCAUAGAGCAAGAGGAGCUAAGUAGAUUGAUAUAUAGUUUUGUGAAAAAAGAUUCAGUAAAGCUUCCAUUUCAUUCAUUUGAAUUAAGGAGAUAGUCCAAUCAGUGAUUGACAGCUUGUCUCCAUGCAAAGUGAUGGAGUGAAGGCUGUCAGUCACUGAAUAAGACUCCAUGACUUCAAAGCCCAGGGUGUGCAGGGAUGUAAAAGGGUAAAAUACAUUUUACUGAUUCUUUUCCCAAAAACUGUACAUCAAUCUUAUAACAGCUCAGACGCCAUGUUCAAUAUGACAGGUUCCCUUUAAUUUGAAUAUGCAGUGGAUUUACCCUAAUACAUUACGGAGGGUGAAAUCUGCAGUGAUUUAAUUUAAAUUAGCAUGCUAUGGAUUUAAAAUCCACACCGCAGGUCAUUUUCUGCACAGAGUGUUAAAAUUUCAGCAACUUUGCUGCUACUGUAACAUGCUGCAAAUAUUUCACACCCAAAAAUUUACAUGCCCAUGCUAGCUGUUAGAUGCACUUUAUUUAAUAUGCUAAUUAGUUUUGGAGAGCCUUGAGUGUCAGGGCCAGGUAUCCUCACUGCCUUUCUACCUGGGCCUGUCAAUUCCAAGAUCUUAUCUACGCAUUGCUUCAAUGCAGGACCAGGCAGGAAGAUGGUGAUGAUGCCUGGCCUGUCACUCAUGGGGAGGGGGAGGGGCCAAGAGGUAAAGCAGUGCGCUAUAACCAUUUCUGGACCUCUCCCGUACAUGUAUAGUGGAAGUCCGGCAGACACCCAGGGCUAAUGUCUGUGAUCGGCGAUAACGCCGAUCGCAGACAUUUGCCCCCUCAGAUGCUGUGGUCAAAUGUAACCACUAUAUCUUAAAGAUGAAAACCCAGAAGCGCUGCGCUUCUGGGCCUGGAAUAGCUCCCCCUAGCUUCAUUCGCUGUGAAAGGCCUGAGCCUGCUAGACACUACCAUGCCUUUCACAGGUAUAUUCCAAAGUAGGCCUGCAGGUGGCAGCACUACAUUGAAAUAUACAUAAUUUUCUGUUUAGCAAUGUGUUUAAUUCCAUAGCUAAAUUGAAAUUGCAAUAUAAAGUUUGCAUGUUGUUAGGCCCUUAGGGGCCAAAAAAAAGGUAAAAAAAUAAAAUAAGUAUUUGAAAAUAUUAAAAUGGAAAUCGCCCUCUUUCCCCAGAAUAACAAUAAACAAUCAAAAAAAUGAACAUCAUAGGCAUUGCCAUGUCCCAAAAUGCCCAUUCUAUUAAAAUAUUUAUACCAGACAGAGAACAGCGUAAGUUUUAUUAGCUUCACCUUCCAAAACAAUUGAAUAAAAAGUGAUCAAAAAGUCAUACACGCUCCAAAAUAGAAUCAAUAAAACUACAGAUUGACAACAAAAAAAAACUGGUGGAACUGCGCUUUUAUUCCCCUCAAUUCCACACAUUUGGAUUUUUUUCCCCUCUACAUUCUAUGCAAAAUUACAUGAUGCCAUUAGAAAGUACAACUUGUUCCGCAAAAAAACAAGCCCUCAUAUGGCUAUAUGAACAGAAAAGUAAAAAUGUUAUAGCUCCUGGAAGGCAGAGAAUAAAAAAACAAAAACAGAAAAUCUCAAGAUUCUGAAGGGGUUAAAAACAUUUUGGAUUGUCUGUUACAGCAAAAAUGUGGUUACUGCAGCAGCAUCACCUAAGUACCAUAGUAGCUACAUCUUCAGUGCUGUCUUAUGAAGCUUGAAUGAGUUCACACAAGACCCAAAAUGUCAGAGAGUGUUAUUUUUACAAAGAUAAUGGGGGUAGAUUUAUUAAAACUGGCGUUGUGCCUAUAGCAUCAGAUUCCACCUUUCUCUUUCCAGAACUUUGAAAAAUGAAAGAUGGAAUCUGUUUGGUUGCUAUUGACAACAAAUACAGUUUUCCUUUACACCAGUUUUGAUAAAUCUCUUCCAAUGUUUCUAUUUUUUUUUUCCAGUUUUGUAACUGUCUAAUGUAGUACACAGUUACUAUAGUUCGUGUACAAGUACUUUAGUAGCAUAUUGUGGGCAUACAGUAGGUUGAUGUUUAGAACUGUAAGGCAUCUUUCAUAUGUGCAAUACAGAUUGUCAGGAUUUGUUCUGGAAAAACUGAUGGUUUUGCAUGCAAGUUCUAUCAAUUUUUUUCUGCGAUUACGUUCAGUGUUUGCAUUUUUUUACUGCUGGAUUGUAUCCGGAUUGGAUGAGUUUUUCACAAGCAUGAAGAAUAACACUGCACAUCCCCUAGUAACCAGCAGUGAAAAACGCAUUGCAUCUGGGUGCCUUCUUUACUUUUAUGGAGCCAGAGCUGCAUGAAAAACCGCACAAUAUAGAAUUUCCUGCGUUUUUUCCUGAACACAGAGAUGCGCAGAUCCAUUGAAAUGAAUUGGUCUGGAUGCUAUGUGUUCACAACACACAUCGCUUCCAGAAGGAAAACUUGCUUGUGUGAAAGAGGCCAAAAUGAAAUGUAGUCAUUUUCCCAAGCAGGACCUUAUUAUCUUUAAUGGUAAUGUGUCUUGAUAUGUUUCUCUGGUGACCACAUAGAAUUGUAGUAUUAAGCUGCAUUUACACGACCCGACAAUCUGCCCAUUAAAUGCGCCAACGAUCACCCAAUGAAAAUAGCGAAACAGGGAUCUGCUGCUCAGAAACCAUGAAUAUGUAUGAGGACGAGGGAUCACAAUAGCAAUCCCUCUUCCUCAUACAGUGAAGGAGAUCGCUGCAUGUAAAUGCAUGGUCUCCUUCACUGAACAAGCAGCCGACUGUCAGGAAGGAACAAUCAGGUGCAGAAUCAUCCCGUGUAAAUCCAGCUUUAGUUUCUGCUAAAAUGUAUUUUAAAUGAGAAGCAAACAAGUUGGAGCCAUUGUCUAUUGAUGGGAGCGU